AUGAUCACCUCCGUGACACAGAUCAUCUACUUGACGAUCCCUGCAGACAAGGACCUCACAGACUCCAAGUUGAAUGCUGGUAACGCAUGGUCACAGGCUCUGGACGUGAUAGAACAACAUGUAGGAUUUCGACGGCUGUACUGGGGUCGCUCGGCCGAAGAUAUGUCCCAAGUUCAAUUGCACGUCGCCAGGGACCAACUCGCACAGCAUCUGGACUUCCUCAACUCGGCUCAAUAUCCGAAAUUUCAGAAACUUCUUCAGCCCCUGCUCGAUCCUUCGACAACACUGCUGGUCCGCCAUGCAUUCCUGCAGGAUUUCACUCCCAAAUGCCACGCUUUGGGAAAGGGGGCACCAUUUACUGGAACCGCCAUCUACGUCUCCACAAAUGCUGCCUGGCAUGAGGGUGCAUGGCCUUUAUGGACACAUAUUGUUCGAUGUGUAGAUGGCUGCCUCGGCUGUGCCGGCGGGACGGUCGUUGAACCAGUGGAUGGCCAUGCGAACUCGUACAUUGUAUACGUGGGCUGGGAGAGUAUUGAGAAGCAUGAAGCUUAUCAUCAUACAAGUCAUUUUGCGAAACGAAGAGUCAUUCUGGGCCUAGGAAACAAAGGAUACAGGGAGUAUGGCCAUAUCAAGUUUGAAGGAUCGAGGGAGGCUGGUACGUCGCGAUUGUGA